AUGGAUUGCGCCGCCAUCUUUCUUUUCGUACUGUGGUCUGCAGAGAGAUACAAUAUGGGUUCGGUGGAACGAGCUGGUGACGCUACCUCUGAAGUGGAAUCCGGAGAGGAGGAAAUAGUCGGCGGCGGUGAACUUGCCCAACAUUUGAUGAAAAGUGGUAUGACUCGCAAUGAGAUGUUAGCUGCAAUCACAAAUCGCAUUCAUGCAGAAACCCUGGCUUCUCUCCCUCCCAAUGUGCGCCGGCGUAUUCGCGCACUCCGCUCCUUGCAGAAAGACUUCGUGGACAUUGAGGCCAAAUUCUACAGUGAGGUGCAUGCACUUGAAUGCAAAUAUGAAAAGCUGUACAAGCCACUCUUUGAAAAGAGAGCACAGAUUGUUAAUGGUUUGUAUGAGCCAACUGAUGAAGAAUGCCAGAAUCCAUGGCGCGAUGACUCUGAAGAGGAGGAGUUGGCGCGUGCCGUUCAGAAAGCUGCCAUCACAGAGGGUGAAGACAAAAACAAGACUGGCGAUGAAACUGCACCGGCUGAACCUGCAAUGGAUCCAAAUGUUAAGGGUAUCCCAGACUUCUGGUAUAACAUAUUCAGAAACGUGUCAAUGCUGAGUGAAAUGAUGCAGGAACAUGAUGAACCUAUUCUCAAAUGCUUGCAGGAUAUUAAAGUGCAAAUGCAUGAAGAUCCAUUUGGCUUUACCCUAGAGUUUCAUUUUGCGCCCAAUGAGUACUUCACUAACACAGUUCUUACUAAGGAGUAUGCUAUGAAAUGCAAACCCGAUGAUGAUAACCCAUUGGAAUUUGAAGGACCUGAGAUUUAUUCUUGCAAGGGUUGUGAAAUCAACUGGAAGAAGGGCAAGAAUGUAACAGUAAAGACUAUAAAGAAGAAACAAAAGCACAAGUCGCGGGGCUCCGUUCGUAUUGUCACAAAGUCAGUGCAAGCGGAUUCAUUCUUUAACUUCUUCUCGCCACCAGCUGUUCCAGAGGAUCCUGAUUCUGAUAUCCAGGCUCUUCUAACGGCGGACUUCGAGAUUGGCCACUACAUUCGUGAGCGAGUUGUUUCCCGUGCGGUGCUCAUUUACACGGGCGAGGGGCUCGACGACGAUGAUGAUGACGACUACGAGGAGGAGGAGGAGGAAGAAUGCUCAACGGAAGAAAGUGACGAUGAGGAGCCGGCUCCAAGGAGAAGAGGAAAGAAACAUGUGAAGGGCCAGCAAGAAACUCCUGCAGAGUGCAAGCAACAAUAG